AUGAGCGCAUGCCGUCGCAUAGGAGUCGAGGUGUCUCUUUUGUAUCGGCAGAAUGAGCUGACUACGCAGCUGAAACGUUUUCCGGGAGGCACGGGUCCCGCGUCCUCAGGCGACGUCCUUGCCUCGCCUCUUCGUUCUUCGUUUGCGCCCAAGAGGCUCUCCAGCGCCUUUGGGCUGUCGCCGUCUACGCCGCGUCCUCGUCCCUCUUGCACGUCUUUGUCUCCUUCUAGCCGCGGGUGUUUUUCCGGGCGCUUCUCCUCUCGAGUUUCCUUGAGUUGCCAGCUCCCGAGUGUGGCGCCGGCGCAAGAAAUCCCGUCCUCGCCGUCCUCUCCCGCCGCGCCUGCCGCGGCUGGGCUUUCGCGACAGCAGCGCUGGGGCUCCUGGACUGAACGCGAGGAGGGUUUGUUCAGUCUGCUCCCGGCGAAGAAGAGAGUGGAGCGCGGCAGCCCGUCGGCGCUGCGGCGCCGGGCCGCGUUCCUCGCCGCCUCAGUCACGCGUGGCAGCAUGGGCGCGGAGGACAUCCAGUUUGCAUGCACAGAAAUGGCUGAGAAGGGCCUUCACCCGCUCGCGUCCUUCUGGAGAGACGUGGAGCAUCACGUGGUUCAGCGCUGCUACGUCGAGAUCCCAGACGCCGCGCCUCUGUCUCCUUCCGUCUCGCGGGUCCCAGGCCUUCCCCCUUCCGCCGCGCCCGCGCCCGACUUUCUGUCUGCCUCGCUCUCUUCUGCUGCGUGCUUUCCGGCGUCCGCGCGCGCGAUCUCGCUGAGGCAGGUGCUGGCGGAGGCAGAACGGCGCGCCGACGCGGAGGGAGCUUCGAGCGCCGCGACAGGCCGACACGCUGACGGAUUCGUCCUCUGCUCGUCGGUGCCUGCCUCGUCGCUGCUGACGCUCUCCAGCUUCUGUGCGACGCUCCACGCGUUCGCCCGCGGAGGGGUCUCUCCUCUGCCUCUCGCGCCGCGCCUCCCUUCACUCUUGUCGCCAGAGGCAGCUUCGCCACGCACGGGCGGCGGCCUCUCCCGGCGGCAGCCGCCUCCCCUCGGCGUUUCCUCGGCCUCUGCGAGUGGAGCGGGAGGCAGCGUGGCGGCAACGCCGCAGGAUCCGGAUGCUCUCGCUGGGAAGAUCUACGCUGUGGGCGCGUUGCUGUUUUCCCGAGUGCCUCUGGCGUUCCGAGGCGGCGACCUCGCUCUGCUGACAGGAGCUCUCGUCAAGGCAGGAGUGAAGGACAAGGCGUUCUAUGUUGCGCUUCUCGACUUCCUCCUGGAGACACCGCCUGCCAUUCCUCACUCGCCUUUCGCUUCGCCCUCCCCCUCGCCGCUCCCUCUGUCUCCUGGGCUCGCGUCCUGCGCGUCGCCCUAUUCUCCUGAGUUGCCCGCGGCUGUUUCGACCUCGCCGUCUGCGGCGUCUCGGCCUUCGGCAUUGCCGCCUUCUGGCGCGACUGCCUCGCCGCCGGCGGCAGGUGCCCGCGGGAGCCCCUGCGCGUUGCCUCCUGUGGCUCCUUCUGCGGGGUGUCUCUCUUCGGAUCGCGCGAGCGGCGGCAUGGUCGCGUUUCUCGACUUUGAGCAGCGCCCCCUUGCCACGCUGCUCUACGCCCUCGCUUCGCCUCCUGUCUCCCUCCCCCGCGCUCCCUUGUUGCGCGUUUUUCACCUCUUCGCCGACUUCCUUCUGGGGAGGGGGGCUGCGGCUCCUCCCGCGGCGGCCUUCGCCUCGCCGCUCCCCCCUCCCGCCGGAGGGGUCGCUGCCGCGCCGCGCCUGCCGCUGCACGACCUGCAGCUGGCGGCGCUCGCGACGGUGCUGCGCUCCUUCUUGAAGGUGCGCUGUGACCGGUCUGAUCUCCUCGAGGCGACUCGCGUCGUCCUCGAAGACGCCGUCCUCCCCUCGCUCGCCACGCAGGCGCAUGGCGAAGAUCUUGGCGAGCCGCGCGAGGCGGCCGCGCAGGCCGCGCAGCCCGCGAGGGAGGAUGGGGAGGAGGCGGCGCGCAGCUGCGGAGGACGCGGUCUGGCUGCGGGCAGCGAGUCGCUGCUCUUCCGCGCAGCGGUCUGCACACCGCGCGGGAUGCCAGUCACGCAGUCGCUAGUUAUCUUCUUCGACGUCUUCGCUGCGCAGCUUGCGGGCGUCCUCGCGGCGCCGCUGACAGGCGUCGACGAACGCGCGCGGAUCCUCCGCGGCGAGGCUUGGGGUAGCUCGAAGCAGCUUCAGGCCAAGGGCAAGCAGCCUGGAGGGCGCACAGGUCCGCCCCGCCGGAACGGCGCCUCUGCGGCUGUCGGACCUCACGCCCUCGAUUCGGGAGGCGACGCGCCCGACCUCUGCGACGCACAGCGGGGAGCGCAGGAGCAGCUGCUGGUCAAACUCGCCACGGUGCUCCAGCCGCGAGUCCCCCAGAUGGAACUAGGCGGCGUCAUGACGCUCUGCUUCGCUCUCUCGCGCGUCGCACACCUGCAGGACGACCUAGACUUCCUGAUUUCCGCGAUUGCACGUCGAGCGCGGCUCGCGAUGACGCGAGCGGCUGGAUCGUCGUCGUUCUCGGGCGCGGGAAAAGGAGACGCCGAGGCGGCGGAUAGCAGAACAGCGCCGCACGAGCUGGUGCAGGACAACGAAACCAAUACGACAUGCUUCGGGGCGCCUGACGGCGCUGCCACGAGGACUGGCGCUGCGGCUGAAGAUGCGCUGACGUGUCGGGACGUGAGCAACCUCGCUCAGACGUUCGCGAGGCUGAACUUUGAAGACGCCGAGUUUCUGCGGGCGCUCGACGCCUGGAUCCCUAGCCACGCGGCGCUCUUCGCGCCGCAAGACUUAGUCGGAAUUCUAUACGCGUACCGCCAACUCCGGCACGUACCGGAAGAGCGCGUGCGCGAGGCGGUCUUCCGCGCGCUCUUCACCGCCACAGAGCGCCUGAUUCCGUCGUUCACCCUGCAGCAGCUCGUGACUGUGCUCUCCAGUUUCUCCCGCAUGCAAGGCGCCGCGCUUUUCCCCGGCGCCCAAGAGACCUUCUUCGCCGUCUGCAACCACCUUGUCGAGGCUUCUUCUCUUCGCUUUCACAUGUCCUCCGCCCCUGGAGAGCCUCGCACGCGCGCGUCGCCCUCCGCGCCUCCCUCUCUGUCUGCGCGCGAUCCUGUCUUCCGUGCUUCAGCCGCCCAGCGCCAGAGGCAGCGGCAGGGCGACGAGGGAAAGAAGCGUCGCGGACAGAGAGAACAUGGGCGCGUGGCACCCGCUGGUCUCGAGCUCACGUCGCUUCGUCUCGUUCCGAUCGUCGGAGCUCUCGGGCGCAUGCGCGUCAGGCACGAGCCCUUCUUUGAAGCUGCGGGAAACUUCUUCUGCGCAGAUGGGCUGGAACGCGCUUUCGCGUGGGAUCUACAGUCUCUCAAGGAUGCCUACUCGCGCGUGGGCCUUGGGCACCCGAAGUUGCUGGCUCUGAUUGACAAGCACUUAAGUUCGCUGCCGCCAGUCCCUGCGACGCCGCGCCCGCAAGGCUGCACUUUGGAUUAG